UCUGGCACAAAAUUCAAAAUUUCUUGUAACUUGUCUUUACAUUUUACAACACAGAAAUGUUCAAGAAAUUUUUUACACCCAAUAACUAAAUAUCUUUAUGGAGAAACUUUCAAUAUAAAUUAAUAUAUUUAACGAAAUCAUCUUCCAUGCAAAAUGAAAAUAGCGAUGAAAAUGAUUCAACCUGCUCCUUUAUUACACCAAGAGAUGAAGAGGGUUCGCAUCAAAAUAACACAAAUAAAAAACCCAGUUUGACCCAAACUACUGCAGCAUCAUUUGAUUUCUCUAAAAUGUUAAAGGAACUACAAUUCACUGAAUGUCGGAGUCAACUACAGCCUUGUUGUCACUUGCAAAUGAAUGCAACAAUCUGUAAAUUGAAAGAAAGCACUAAAAGGUUGCUGGGUAUCUUAGAUCAAAUUCAGUCGAAAACAAAUGGAAAAUUAGCUAUAACUGAUAACAAUUUGCCUGCUGAUGACCCUCAACCUUCGACCUCUACAUUCAAUGUCGCUGAAAUAAUUCCAUGUGAGGCGUUAAAAAGUUUGGAAUAUCAAACUAGAGUAUUACAAGCGAUUAAUAUCGAGAGCGAAGACGAUGAUUGUUCCAUUUACAAGAAACUCACACGUAAAUGUCAAUGCUUGAAUGUUAAGGAAUACAAUGAUUUCGUCAUACAUUUUAAUGAGAACACCAAGUAUACCACGAAUAACAUCGGGGAAAUCGUUAAAAAUAUGCGCAUUUUAAAAAAAUUCUUGUAUAUGGGCAGUGAAUACACAAAAAAUGCUCUUAUGUUUCUUAACGAGGGUUUAUCCGAAAGUAAGUUUAAAGAAAAAAUAGAAAUCAUUCAAGGGUGUGCUCAUGCUGAUAUUUGUAGCAUAUUUGACGAAUACUCCAUAGUAACAGUGUGCAUAGCCUGGCCUUGUAAAGUGGAAUAUUAUGGCGAUUCUGUAACGCAGGCUUGGGCAGCGAGCUUAUUACAUAAAUUAGCAGAUUUAGAAGAAGGUAGAAGGUACUUGAAUUUCAAUUCAAAAAUAACGAACGAUAUCAAGAAAGUGAUUCGAAAAAGAAUUUCCCAAUUAGAAGCGGAUACUGUAGACACUUUGAAUGAAGUGUUGAAUUUGUUAAGACCGUUGUUUGUCAAGAAUCCAAAUGUUACUUAUGUCAGCAAGUCGGCUAACGAAGGUAUUGGGACCAGAACUAUAAAAGAUUUAGUAGAAUACCGGGAGCACAUGACGAUUGACGAGAUUUUUAUGCAUUUAGACAUAUUACGUAAUUUUAGUCAAAUUGAAUUCGGCAAAGAGGAACUUACAUUUAAUUUGCCAGCACUGUUGUUAUUAUUCAAAGAUUUACUACGAGAGUAUGAUAACAGUGAAAUGAAUAUAUUGAUUAUGAAUAUGUUAAAUAACAUAAUGACGAAACAUAUUAAAAAUAAUCAGGACAAUAAAUCAGGAGGUCUAAGGGCUGUCGCUAAUGCUUUAACAGAGCCCAUAAAAAGGAAGAAUGAAGGUUGUCAGAUGCCUCCAAAGAAAAAUAUAAAGAAACCAAAUAAAAGUAAAGGGCUGGGAGUUUCACCUGUUAAAUAUUUACAAAGAAGUAAAUUGAAUCAAUCUAUGUGUAAAGACUCAAAUAGGGAACCAUCCAAAGUGCUUAACCGAUCAAAAAAGUUUGAUAAAGAUUUGAGAGCUUCUAUCAUAAUAGUGCCAAUUGAAAAAUAAUAUACAACAAUAAAUAAUAAUUUAUUAGUCAAAUAUAAAACAAUAUAGCAAAACCUAUACAAUAAAAUGAUGUUAACAGUUCUUAAAUAUGGUUACAUAUUUAUUUUUGUAAUAAAUUAAUAGAACAUAUA